GAGAACGGCUUAAAUAUGAGCGACCAGCUUCUCCCAGCAUCCAUCCAGCUCUCCGUCAUGCUCUACUCCGCGCUCUUCCUGGCGGUAUCAUGUGUGCUGAUAACUUCAGCUGGCUCCCAGAAGCUUCAUGUUGUGGCGUGUGAAGGAUCAGUGGCUCAGCUGAAGUGUGAGAACGGUGAGGUUAUAUCUGUGACCAGUGCUACAUACGGACGCAGAGACCAGCAGACAUGCAUCGCUGGACGACCCACCAACCAGAUAACCAACGUCCAAUGCUCCAGGAGCUCAGACAGCGUUGGCCAGAGCUGCAACGGGAAGCAGAGCUGUUCUAUCACAGCAUCAAACUCUGUGUUUGGAGAUCCCUGCGUUGGAACCUACAAGUACCUGGAGGUGGAGUACAAAUGUGAAAACCCUGAAAAAAAACCUCAGAGCGGUCCCACUGUGGCAUGUGAGGGAUCAGUGGCUCAACUCCAGUGUGACGGAGGAAAGGUUAUAUCUGUGACCAGUGCUACAUACGGACGCAGAGACCAGCAGACAUGCAUCGCUGGACGACCCACCAACCAGAUAACCAACGUCCAAUGCUCCAGGAGCUCAGACAGCGUUGGCCAGAGCUGCAACGGGAAGCAGAGCUGUUCUAUCACAGCAUCAAACUCUGUGUUUGGAGAUCCCUGCGUUGGAACCUACAAGUACCUGGAGGUGGAGUACAAAUGUGAAAACCCUGAAAAAAAACCUCAGAGCGGUCCCACUGUGGCAUGUGAGGGAUCAGUGGCUCAACUCCAGUGUGACGGAGGAAAGGUUAUAUCUGUGACCAGUGCUACAUACGGACGCAGAGACCAGCAGACAUGCAUCGCUGGACGACCCACCAACCAGAUAACCAACGUCCAAUGCUCCAGGAGCUCAGACAGCGUUGGCCAGAGCUGCAACGGGAAGCAGAGCUGUUCUAUCACAGCAUCAAACUCUGUGUUUGGAGAUCCCUGCGUUGGAACCUACAAGUACCUGGAGGUGGAGUACAAAUGUGAAAACCCUGAAAAAAAACCUCAGAGCGGUCCCACUGUGGCAUGUGAGGGAUCAGUGGCUCAACUCCAGUGCGACGGAGGAAAGGUUAUAUCUGUGACCAGUGCUACAUACGGACGCAGAGACCAGCAGACAUGCAUCGCUGGACGACCCACCAACCAGAUAACCAACGUCCAAUGCUCCAGGAGCUCAGACAGCGUUGGCCAGAGCUGCAACGGGAAGCAGAGCUGUUCUAUCACAGCAUCAAACUCUGUGUUUGGAGAUCCCUGCGUUGGAACCUACAAGUACCUGGAGGUGGAGUACAAAUGUGAAAACCCUGAAAGAAAACCUCAGAACGGUCCCACUGUGGCAUGUGAGGGAUCAGUGGCUCAACUCCAGUGUGACAAAGGUGAGGUUAUAUCUGUGACCAGUGCUACAUACGGACGCAGGGAUCAGAAGACGUGCAUCGCUGGACGACCCACCAACCAGAUAACCAACGUCCAAUGCUCCAGGAGCUCAGACAGCGUUGGCCAGAGAUGCAACGGGAAACAGCUUUGUAACGUCGAAGCCAGUAACUCGAUGUUUGGAGAUCCCUGCGUUGGAACCUAUAAAUACCUGGAGGUGGAUUAUAUUUGUUACGCUUUUCUGACUGGGUGAAACCGUCAUCAGGUCUCCUGUGUUCUGGAUGAAAUUCAUAAUAAUCAGGAACAUCUACAGCAUUGAUUAGCAGCUUAAUGUCUCUUCAAAUUAAAUUUAAAUACUUUAUUGGUCUCAAGGGGAAAUUUUCUACUCUUCUCUUUCUUUAAGAUUUCUCAACCUGUUUUGCUUUUUUAUUUCAAUUUUUCAUGAAUAAACCUGACUUGCAUUUA